UCUUAUCAAAUAUAUGUUAGCCUGUAGGAAGUAAGAUAAAAAUACCACUUCCUUCGGUUUAUUUAGAUAUGGCCUGAAGAAUAAUUCCUUGAUUUAGUGCUUGUAAAUUCAAACGAUCAUAUAAUAUGUAUAAAUAUCAACUAGUUAUAGUGUUUCUGUAUAAUUGUUAAAACAGUGUGGUGUAUUUGUGAAUUAGUAAUUAAAUUUUAUAAUUCAUAAAGAAUUGCAUACAAAAGAAACUUCAAGGAAUAUGUGUUUAUAAUUCGAUGAGACAUAAUGACUAACAAACUUGCUUUUAAACAUAAAAAUUCAAUGGCCUUAAACGAAAAAAAAAUGAUAUCACAAGAAAGUGGAUCAAAAAGUUCUCAUUUAUAUUCUAAGCCAUUUAGAAUACCAAUUUUUUUAAUUAUUACAUGUUGCAUUUUUUUGGGAUAUUGGUUUAUCAUGUGCCCAUUAAUAUGGGCAUUAUUGUCCCACUCAUCUUUUAUUACUCAUGCUUGGCCUAAAUUUUGGUCCAUUAUAUUUUGGAUAGUAGCAUUAAUAAUUUGGAUUUUUAUUAUGAUAUUUUUAAUAAGUAUUUGGAAAUGCAUAAAAGAUAAACAUAAUAUUAAUGUAAAAAAAAGAUCAUAUGGAUCAGACAGCACAAAUUAUCCUUCACAGUCAUUAGGAGAAGAUAUUCAACCAAUGAUAGCUAAGGAUAAAAGCAAUGAUAAAACAUCAAUUGAUUUUGAUUUAUCAUCAAAAGAUUAUGAUAAGAAAAGUAUAAAUAAUUCCAAAGCAACUGACAAUACAAUCCAGAAACAUUCAAAAAGAAAACGUGAUCUUCCACCUUUAGUAAUCCACAGAAAAAUGUCAAAAAACGACAUUGAAAAUGUUAAUAUAGUAACUACAGAAAAAUCACAAAAAAAAGAUGAUGAAGAAUUACAAAUUGAGGAUAUACAAGAGACUAAUGUUAAUAGAAAUUCUAUAAAGAAUUAUUUGAAAUUAGUAACAGUCACUCCAUCGGAAGAAAAUAAAAAUAUUACAUCACCAAAAACACCAAUGUCUCCAAGAGAUUUAUUUUUUAUUGAUUUGAUAAGAGAGGCAGAAAAAGCCGAGAAAAAUAAAGAAAGUGAAAAAGAAGACUUAAGUAAGAGACGUUGGUUUCUUCCAGAGCAUACAAUACCAUCAAUUUUAAAUUCUAUUGAUAGUAAAACAAAUAAUUCUGAUAAUAAAAAUAGUAAAAAAGAUGAUUCUGAUAAAGAUAAUAAAGAUGAUGAAAAGCAAGUUGAGAGAGAAUUGAAUUAUUUUAUUGCAGAUAUAGAAAGUCCGAAAAAUGAGAAAACUGAAAUAUUUAUAGAAAUUAAUAAAACUUUAGAAACUGAUAGCAAAAAAGAAUCUAUAGAUCUUUGUACAGUUAAAAUGAAUGAAAACAAUCCUAUACUUGCAUUUGAAAAUAAAUUUGCAGAGAAAGAUGGUUUAAAAGAAAAUAGAGAUAUGUAAAAUGUAGAUUUAUUUAUU